CUUCAUGUCCGUCCCAACGGAUGAACAAUUGGUAGUUGAUCUCGAGAAAAAGAUUAACGAAUUACUCCAAGAUGAGCUAUUGAGCAAUGUACCAAGACAGCCUACUUUGAAAGAACUGGAUGCGUUGAUAGCCGUUGAGAACCACCGCGCCUAUAAAAUAACGAUAGAUCGGUCUCCUCUACCUUCUAUAGACUUGAUUGUUCGUCAAAAUUCAACUGUGCGAGAGAUAAAACGACUCUUUCGUAUCCAAGUGGAGCGUUUAGAGCAAGCUGCGGGCGAUCACACACGUAAAAUAAGCUGGAAAUAUAUUUGGAAGACCUUUUGCUUUGUAUUUCAAAACACACGACUUGCAGACGAUGAUGCUGUUGUAAGUCAAAUUGGCAUCAAGCAAAACAGUGUGCUGACAUUGGCUCGGUUGACGCAUGCAAAGGGAACACAUCAAAAGGCAUGGAAAAGACGCAUCCGCCAGUAUCAUCACUCGAGUGGACAGCGAUGACCUUGACAAAAACCUAUUUUUUUCAAAGUUUUUUUUCUUUUCUAUCCCCCACCCCCUAAACAAGUGUGUCAUCCUUUCUUCUUUUUCUACUACCUCCUUUUUCUCUCACAAGACAAUCAAGGUGGCAAACUAAUUGACAAACAUCCUAAAAGAAGAAGACGUCAUUUUUUUGACAGCGCACGUCUUUUAGAUACUCUCAACUGGGUU